UGCUGCAGUGGAGUUCCCCGACGACUGUGGUCGCAGAUGCUGCUUGACGCCGUCGCUGCUGUUUCAUGCUGUAAAUGAUGGGGAAGCUACAGACUUUCGAUAUUUGUGUUACCAAUUCCGGCGGAGUUUGCCAUCCAGGAGAAAUACUAAGGGGACGGGUUGUUUUGGAAGUGUCUCAAACCGUGGAUACCAAAGAUAUCCGGAUAGAAUGUCGUGGUCAGGCCCGAGUGUUCUGGGAGGACAGUUCCAGUUCCAUGGGGGAACCACAGAACCCCAGCCAGACUGACGACCACACGGCCGAGGAGGAGUACCUGGCCGUCAGCAAGAAACUGUGGUCGGGCCAACUUGCUAGGGGCUGCCAUAAUCUCCAGUUCCAGUUCCUUAUUCCCGAGGGAGUACCGAGUUCAUUCGACGGCGAGUUUGGCUACAUCCGUUACUGGCUCAGGGUGUUUAUUGACCGCUCCUGGCGGACCGACACAACCACGAAGCUCUUCGCGGUGCUGGCCAAAGUAGAUCUUAAUGAAAUACCAGACGCCAACGAGUACGUUGAGGUGGUUGACAGUAUGAAGGUCUCAGCGUUGUUCUCACCGUCAGGCGUCUGUAACGCAGCCUUGCGUCUAGAUCGUAAAGGUUUCGUUCCAGGGGAGAUAAUCCCCUUAAAAUUCGCCAUCAGGAAUGACACAGCACGUGAUGUCCACCGAGUGUCCGUGGAACUGAGACAGAUCACAGACUACAAGGCUAGGAGUCAGGACAAGAGUACAGAACGAGUGAUGGCGAAGUUGAAGUUCGGACGGAUACCUGCCAGAACCUCCUAUGAGAAGAGAGAAAACAAGCUGCGUCUGCCCCUCUGCCCCCCGGGAAACCUGCGUGGGUGUAGCCUCAUACACACAUACCAUAAAGUGAUGCUGAAAGUGAAACCCUCAGCUCUGUCCUUCAAGCUAAUGAAGAUCCCUAUAGAGCUGAUUGUGGGGACAGUACCUUUAAGACAAGGGUCAGUGACCUCUGCGUAUGGACGUGACAGCGGGGUGGGGCUUCAGCUCAUCCCUCCCGAAGUUCCCAGCACCUCCGGCUCUCAGUACACCACAACGUCAUCGCCGGCACACGAGAUGACGUUGCAUCGGUCCAAGUCUCCAGGUCACCUGUCGUCGUCCCCUGAAGCGGUGGACACCCGGUCCUCCUCCCUCAACCAUCACCAUGACGACUACCUUACCCUACCCUCAGCCUUCACCCCUCCCCGUCCCCGGGCCAACACCAACUCCAGCAUCCUGAGGGCCCGGGGUAGAUGACUAGCGGCCUGUGACGCCGGGGAUACGGCGUCAGACUCGGACUGAGUACACGCGACAUGAAACCCUUAAAGACUCCCUGUAAAGUCUUCACGGUUUUCAUAGUGGGGAAACAGAGAGAAGAUCUGCGUAAAACAUUGUUCGGCCACUGUAUUUCGAAUCUUUCAUGGGGCGUCCUUGUAUCUGAAUUAUUCAUACAGUCAUGGCAUAAUUAAUAAACAUGAAUGAGUGAUGUUUUAGCAAUAUCACGGCAAGGGAUACGAGAAAGGGGGUGCACACUUUGUACCCGGGCCAUCGGUGGGACGAGCGUACACUGUAGCCAUGUCUACGCCCCCAUGUUACUACAAUAGACGAUGUGAAACAUUCAGGUAGUCUAGACACCCAGGCGAAAGUGACCCGCUGUAUCACCUGAUAUUGUCGUAAAUGCUCGCGAUAUAAGCCAGGGAGAUUUAGCUGGAACUUUGCUGACUCCAGGAUUAUGACAUUCACCCACUCAUCCCGUCACAGUUCCCGUCAACAUAUAUUUCACUUCCGGGAAUACUUAAACAAUCCUCAUCAGACUACAUUCACAAGAAAUCCCUGUCUCUAUUCAACCUUGUUGAGCAAUUUGGAGCCUUUCAUUCAAAUCAGAAUAUUGACUGUGGUCGAAAUCCAUUACUAUGCUAUACAGUGGACAGGUAUAUUCUGUAAAGCCAUACAAAAGAGUUCUCGGUGUUGUCUUAAGGAGACACCGGUCCCCAGGUUCUGUAGUCUUUACAGGGGGUUGUAGAUAAAGAUGCAGUCUCUUGAAGUGAGCGAGUGCGAUUUUUCGCCGCUCAUGAAUAGCAAUAUUCCAGCAAUAUCAGUGUUUGGGACCCCGGACACCGGGCUUUAUGCA